AUGUGGAACAUGAGCUGCCCGACAAUGGUCUGCUCUGUACUGUGUAUACCAGUGGUCAGCCAUGAAUCGCAGACUGAUGUAUCGAGUACGAGCCGGCGCAUUCGAGGUGUGCCGCAUGUUGCGCCUCAACCGCCAGGCAAAGCGGUAUCGACUACCUGGUUCUCUCACUGCGACGUCACCGCAACACGAGUACACUUGUGUGUCGCUUGUCGAGGCCACCGCUGCCGCCCAGGUGACUUGAAGUCUUGA